AUGAAGGAUUCAAAGAAAAAAAAUAUAUACAUCCGAAACGGAAUUAUCUAUCGUAAUGACGAAGCUAUUCAUGCCAAAGAAGUAUCAAAGGCUGAAAAGCAAGUAGAUGACUUAAAGACAGCACUUGAAAAUAUUGCAGUUGAUUCCGGUGGUCCUAGUGAUCCUAAUGGUUCUAAUAACAAUAAUAACAAUAAUAAUAAGGAUAGUAAAGAUAAUAAAGAUACUAAAGAUAAUAAAGAUAAGGAUGAUGACGGUGUUGUCGACAUUGAUUUAGAACCAUUUUCUGCUUGUAACAGUAAAAAAUAUGGACUUAAAAAUCUUGCGGAUGGAGGUUGUGACCAUAAAACUAUAGGUGAAAUGCCCAUUUUAUCGGAUAAAGACGAAAAAAAUAAAAUGGAAAUUGCUUCAGCCAAAGUCGCUGAUAUGACUACUUGCGGAAAUGUAUUAGGAAACAAGAAAAAAGUUAAUAUCAAACAUGAUAAUUUUAAUCCAUUUAAUAUUAAUCUGCCCAAAAUUGGAAUGACGCUUCUCAAUACAGAUAACAGUAGAAAUGUUAUCGGGAUCAAUAAUGAUGUGGAAAUUAAUGACAAAAAUAAAAGCAUUGUUAAUGCCUCAUUUGGAAAUUCUAAUGUUACUGCAAUCAAUCAGGUUGCCCACGAUAAUGUAAUCGGUUCCGGUAACACAGUAUAUAGUAAGCGUCUAAACAUGAAUUUGAUCAACUGCAAUGUAGCAAACAGUAAUUUAACAGGCUUGGAUUUGAGUUCUCGCAGAAAUGUAAUUGGAGAUUUUAACAAAGUAAUCGACCUUGAAGCAAGUUUAACCGGAAUUAAUAUAAAUCGUGAUAAUACCAAUAUAGUAGGUGCUAGUGUAAAUUAUAAAGAGAACGUGGUGGGUGAUAAAAAUUUGGCUAUUUCUGGACGCGCAAAAGCAACACUUGUCAACUAUGAAGAGAAUAAUUAUAAUGAAAUAGGCUUUGGAGAGAAUUCCAAGAGCCUUAAUAUCUCGAAAAAAAAUAUAGGUCAAAAUCUCAAAGUGGACGGUAAAUUAGAAUUUACUGGAAUUAACAUUCAAAGAAAAAAUGUCCAUAUUGAUAUGAAUAAGGAUGAUAAAAUAAAGGUUGGUGGGGAUGUUACCUUGGUCAGUAACCAAGAAAACAACGUAGUUAUGAAUAGAGGUGAAUCGGGUUUUAGCUUUAAAGCGGUCGGGACUGGUACGAGCAGGGGAAAUGUAGUUAUAAGCGAACCAUCAUUUGGUGUUGAUUUUGUUGUUAGUGGACAGAAAUCUGUUGGUAACGUAAGUUUAGGCACACGUCUACAGAUUGGUAUUGGGACUUCCCUUGAUCUUAGAUUACCAUUUGGAGGAAGUUCAAGUGGCGGAAGUAACGAUGACAAAGGUAGUAAUAAUGGAGGCGGUAAAAAUGAUAACAAAGGCGGUAAUAAUGACAGUAGCGAUAAUGAUAACAAGGGCAAUAGUGAGAAUAAUAACCAGAGUAAUAACAAGAAUGAUAGCAAUAACAUGGAUAAAGCUGGAGGUAAAGGUGAUAAAAGUUGUGGUAGUAAUAAUAGCAGUGAUGAUAAUGAUAACAGGGGCGAUAAUAAUAAGGGCGACAGUGAGAGUGAUAGCAAAGGUGGUAAUAAGGGCGAUAGCGAGAGUGACAACAAAGGUGAUAAUAAGGGCAAUAGCGAGAGUGAUAACAAAAGUAGUAAUAAGAGAAAUAACAAGAGUGAUAACAAGAAUGAUAGCGAGAAUAAUAACCAAAGUAACAAGAAUUAUAACAACAACAUGGAUAAAGCUGGAGGUAAAAGUGAUAAAAGUUGUGGUAGCGAUGAUAAUAGAAAUAACGAUUGCAACACGAAUGGAGACAAUAGAACAAAUAGUGGUGAACAUGGUAACGAUAACAUGAACAAUGGUGUAAAUAAAGAUGAAGAUAAUAAAGAUUCAUCUCCUGCGAACUAUUUCAUCUUAAUCAACGAGAAUCCUCUAUCCUUUAAUAACAGUGACGAAAGUUAUUCGUUCAGUUCUAAUCAAGAUUCUGCACUGGGAUCCCAAAAUGAUAAUAUUUAUGAAAAUAACCAAAACAACUACGACGAUUUUAACACAUACCAACUACCCACGAAUGGUUUUAUUAUCCCCUUUGCUAAUGGUGAUGAAAGUUACUCAUUCAGCUCUAAUCAAGAUUCUGCACUCGCAUCUCAAAAUAAUAAUAUUAAUGGAAAUAACCAGAACGACUGCAAUGAUUUUAAAACAUAUCAACCUCCUGCCAAUGAUUUUAUUGUCUUAACCAAUGAUCAUGAUCAAACUGCUUCUGAUAACUAUUUUUCUUUUGCUGAACCUUCAUUACAAAACGAUAGUAUUUAUCAAAGCAAUACCAACUAUAGCUAUAAUUCUUACUCUAUUAUGGAUGGCGUUACUACAUCUUCAUUUGGUUCGAGUGAAAGUCCCGCACAGAAUGCACAGAAUGAUAUUUUUAUUAAUAUUAGUAAUAAUAACCUUAGAUUUCAGGCAGAUAGUAAUAUUGAAAGGAAUAGUGAUUACGUUAUUAGUAACGGUGUAAGCGAAAUUAAUCAUUUUAACACAGAAAAUAAAUCCCAUUCAUCCACCACUUCUGGUAUCGGCACUGAAAAUAAAUCUCCUUUAUCCACCACACCCGUCUUGGCAGACACAAUUCACAAAAAUCCACAUUUAGCCUCAGCUCUACAGACUGCACUAUCCAAUACUACAUCUACACCAGAUGAUAAUUCAAAUCCCUCAAAUAAUUCUAUUACAGAUAUUGAAACCUCUAUUAAAAAUAGUAUUUAUCGUCAUGCUGAAACCAUUGCAAAGCAUAAGAAGCAAGACCAGAAAGAUGAUAGUAAUUCAUCCGGUUUAUCUGGCUCUAGUGAGUCUACACGUGCCAAAGGUGCUAAAAAAGAUGAUAGUAAAGCCCAAGAUAAACGCUCUGCCAAUAAAGAACAAUCUCAGAAAAAUGAAAAGGAUGAUAAAAAAGAUGAAGAUAGUGACGAAGAAGAAGAUAAACCUAAAGAACCAUGUAAAAAUCACCCUUCAAGUGUUCGUUGUUUUCGUUGUUUGUCAAGUGCAAAAGGAAGAAAAGUUAAAAAAAUGAGAGGAAAUGUGUUUGGUUUUGCUAAUUGA